AUGUCAAAACUUAAAGAAUUUGGAUUUUUUGAAAUAUUCUUGAAUCCAAUAAGAUAUAAUCAAUAUAAAUUUUUUACCUGGAAUAGAGAUUUAAAUGUAAAUGAUUAUCUGUAAUGUAUUAAUUUAGUAACUCUGAAGAAAUAGGGAGUAAUGAUACUUAAAAUUCUUAUUAUCUUGAUUCCAAUUGGAGGGUUCCAGAUGUAAAAAUAUAAAGGAGAUUGUAUAUUGGUUUUGAACAUUAUUUAUCAAUGUUCAGGAAGCAGGAUUUCAAAAAAUUGGAAUUGUUAGGCUCAGGUAAGAAGCAUACCAAGAUCUAUCGAGUGUAGCACAUCCAAACAAAUAAAGUAUAUGCUUUAAAGGAGAUUGAAAGCAACUAAUUUGGAGAAACUGAAUGAAUACAAAGAGGAAGCAGUUUAACUUAGUAAGGUAUAGAACUGUGGAAAUGUGAUUCGAUUUUAUGGAUACUACUUUGCUGAAACUCUUUAUAAUACAUUUCGGUUAGGAAUCAUAACGGAGUACAUGGAUCAUAACAUGAAUUUGGAAAAUCUAUAUAGGAAAAGAAAGAAACCUAAUUAGUUCUGGAAGGAAAAUGAGUUAGUAACUAUGUUGUUUAGCAUAAUAUCGACAUGCUCUUAUUUGCAAUAAAAAGGGAUUUGCCAUAGAGACAUAAAACCAGCUAACUUAUUUAUGAUUCCUAAUGGAGAAUUGAAAUUAAUUGAUUUUGGAGAAAGCAAGGAUUACUUCUUUGACUUAGAUAACGAGGCCAAAAAUACUUAUACGAUGGCAACUAUUAGAGGCACACCUUAAUAUUUAUCACCUAUUUUAUGGAAGGCUCAUGUCAUAGAUGGAAAUAGUAGAUAUGUAGAACAUAACAUUUAUAAAUCAGAUGUGUUUUCAACUGGAUUGGUUAUUCAUUAGAUGAGUGCAAUGCAAGAAGUAACUGGGUUCAAUAAUACUUAAUCAAAUGAGGGGGAACAACUGAUACUAUAGAGUUUGGCUUAGUUAGAAUAAAAGUAUAGUCCUGCCUAUGUGUCGAUAAUAAAAUUGAUGCUAAUUUUCGAAGAGGCUCAAAGACCCUCAUACGUUGAGAUUGAACAAUUGUUCUUAGAACAUGAAGAGAAAUACCAAUCAGGAAAGAUCUAAGAGAAUGUAGCUAUUAAUGAAUACAUUUUGUUGUACAAUUAGCAUUACAAUACCAUGUUGAAACGAGGACCUCCUUAUAGAACAUCACAGGAGGCUGAAGUGUAAUUUAAGAACGUGAUCACAUAACAUAUGAAAAAUGCUGGUUCAUCACCGAUGAUUGAACAAUCUCAAAAGUCAAAGUAACCAUUAAGGGAAUAGCCAUCAUCCUAAAAAUAGCAACAGAUUACUUAAUAAUAAUAAUCAUAACCAGUUUAAGUUAUUAAGCAACCAGUUGUAUCGCAAUCUGCUUUUUAUAGGGAUUCAACCUUGAUACUGAAUGAUUCUUGCUUAUGGUUUGAGUUUGGUGGUAAGACUAUAAGUAAAUUUUCAACGUCCAAAUAAAAAUGGCGUUAGAUAGCCAAAUUAGAUGUGGAAUUGGAUAGAUAGUUUACAACUCUUUUUGUUCCUGAUAAAAAAGCAUUUUAUUUAAUAGGAGGAUUCCAAGAGACUAACUUUAGAGUGUAUCAAAAUGAUAAGUUGGAGUUGAUGAAACACUAAAUUCCCAUGAAUAGAUUCUUCUGUUCUUGUCUUUAUUAUAAUCAUAAAAUCUAUUGCAUAGGAGGGUAUGAUGAACAACAUAAAAUUCAACUAUCAUCGGUGUUGUACUACGAUCUUAUUUCAGAGAAAUGGGUUCAAUUAGCUGAUUUGAAAUAACCAAAGAGUUAGGCUGCCCCUUGUAGAAUCAAUGACAAUGAAAUAGUGCUGUUUGGAGGGUACAACAAAGAGGAAGGGACACUGGACACAAUUGAACGAUACUUAAUAAAUGAGAAUAGGUGGGAGAAAUGUAAUUUGAAAUUACCAUUGCCUUUAAGAAGAUUUAUGGCAGUCAGAAUCAAAAAGAAUUUGGCCUUAUUGAUAGGAGGUCUAACGAUGUAUGCUAAGGAGAGUUAAAAGGUAUUGAAGGUGGAUUGGGAGAAGAAGGAAAUCAUCGAAUGUGAACCUUUGGAAAAAGGUGGAAUUGUUGAAAGUGAGGUGCUUCUUGAUACUGAAGGCAAUUUACAUAUAUUUCUUGAAAAUGCAAAUGGUACUUCGCCAUAUGCUCACAUCAAAUACUAUUUUGACCCGAAUGCAACCAAAUACGAGACUAAAGCUGAUUGA